AUGAUCUCAAAAUCCUCUGAUGGCCCUGCGCCGACCCAAGAGGAGGUUUCGGCCCUCCUCGACGCCGUAUUCUCCGCCCCAUCUUCUGAUGUUUCGGUUGGGGCAGCUUAUGCGCUUUGCGACACGCUCUUGGGCUCCGUCGGGUUCCGGGGAUUGAUGCAUUAUGGUAUCUUGGCAGAGAUCAAGAAGGCUGCCGCCGAUAGAAAGAGCGGCACAAGAAGAGAAAGCGCCCAAAACUUAUUAGGCGCGCUAUUCGAGCGCCUACCGCCUCAGCAGAAAAUCAGCGAGGUGGUCCUCCUACUUCAGGAUGGGGGUAUGGUUGGAUGCGCCCUCGAUGCCCUUUCAGAUAAGGGUGCUGUCGUUCGUGACGCAGCCCAGUAUGGGUUGGAUGAGCUAUUCAAGAACCUGAGUGCUGAGGCGCUUAUCAUGGGCCUUCUUCCUGCGCUCGCCACAUACCUCGCAAAACGUUCAGGUAAAUGGCAAGGCACCGUUGGCGGUUAUAAGCUAUUACAGCGGACCGCAGAUAAGGCUAAGAUGGAAAUCGGAACGACUAAAGAGGAAGCCAACAACAAGGAUAUCUUGCGAGAGUCCAUGGGUACCAAGCUUGCUGGCUUGAUUCCAAUUGUUGAGUCUGGGAUGCACGACCUGAAGGCCGAGGUUGAGAAGCAAGCUGUCGCAACCAUGACCUCAUUGACUACAUUACUUUCCAAUGAUGAUGUUGCUCCCCGGAUCCCUCUGCUCAUCAAAACUAUGCAGAGCCCCUCUACAGAGACGCUCCAGAAGGCCAUUCAUGCCCUUUCCCAAACCACUUUCGUCGCUGAAGUCACUUCUCCCGUUCUUGCUCUUCUUACGCCCCUCCUGGAGCGAUCUCUCAACACUCCCACAACCGCUCAAGAAGUUCUCAGACAGACUGUCGUUGUCGUUGAGAACUUGACCAAGCUCGUUCACGAUCCAAUCGAGGCUCGCACGUUCUUGCCAAAGCUGCAACCUGGUGUUAAGGCUGUCAUAGACCGAGCAUCUUUGCCAGAAGUCAGAGACAUGGCUAGAAGAGCGCUCGGCGUGAUUAUUAAAGCGAUGGGCGAUGAUGACGGGAAUAUUACAAGUGGUGCAAUUGCAAGGACUUCAACUGAAGACGUUGCCAAAGUCCUCGAGGCAGAAAUCAAGAAUGCCGGGGGUUUGGCUGGUGAUUUGGAUAUCUUCAAACUUGCACGGCCAUACAUCUGUGGCAUGGUUGCUGAAGAUGUCAAUCACCGUCAAACAGGUCGCAUUUCUGCAUGCGUAACCCCUUACCUACAACACAUCAUGAAGGCUCCCGAGGGGGCCGAGUCAGUCGGUAAGGCGGUUCAGCAAUUUUAUGUUGAUGAGGACCACCGAAAGUUUGGCCAACCUGUCAAGGUAGAAGAGGGCGAAGUUGAAAUUGUCAACACCGAUUUCUCACUUGCCUAUGGAGGAAUGCUUCUACUCUCCCACACCAAUCUCCGCCUUUUGAAGGGACAUAGAUACGGCCUUUGUGGCCGGAAUGGAGCCGGAAAAUCCACCCUCAUGCGCGCCAUCGCCAAUGGCAAGUUGGAGGGGUUUCCAAGCCAGGAUGUCCUCCGAACUUGCUUUGUGGAGCACAACCAAGGAGAAGAUGCUGAUAUCAGCAUUCUAGAGUUUGUUUCAAAGGAUCCAGAGAUUGGAAAUCAGGGCACGGAACGUAUCUCCCAGGUCCUAUCAGAAGUCGGCUUUACUGGUGGUCCAGGGGGUCGCCAAUCCGAGAUGGUUGGGUCUCUGUCUGGUGGAUGGAAGAUGAAGCUGGCUUUAGCUCGUGCUAUGUUGAUGAAAGCGGAUGUUCUCUUACUUGACGAACCUACUAAUCAUUUGGAUGUUGCCAACAUCAAGUGGUUGGAAGAGUACCUCAAAUCGCACACCGAGAUUACAAGCUUGAUCGUGUCCCACGACUCAAGUUUCCUCGACAACGUUUGCACCGACAUCUACCAUUAUGAGCCGGGGAAGAAGCUGGCAUGCUUCAAGGGAAAUCUCGCCGAUUUCGUUAAGAAAAGACCUGAAGCAAAGAGUUAUUAUACGCUCUCUGCCUCUCUGGUCCAGUUCAAGUUCCCACCUCCGGGAAUCCUCACUGGUGUUAAGUCACAGACACGUGCAAUUCUUCGCAUGAACAACUGCUCAUAUACUUAUCCCGGCUCUUCCAAACCGUCGCUGCAUAAUGUUUCGUGCCAACUGACCCUGUCCUCUCGGACAGCCAUUAUCGGUGGAAAUGGUGCUGGAAAGUCUACCUUAAUCAAGCUUCUUACGGGCGAGACAAUUCCUACCUCUGGCAGUGUUGAAAAGCAUCCCAAUCUCCGUAUUGGCUAUAUCAAACAACACGCACUCGAGCACGUGGAAAUGCAUAUGGAGAAAACACCAAAUCAAUACCUACAGUGGCGUUAUGCCAACGGAGAUGAUAGAGAAGUGUACAUGAAGCAGACGCGCAUUCUCUCCCCCGAAGACAAGGCACAGAUGGAAAAGCCAAUCGACCUCGGAGACGGCAAGGGUCCUAGACUAGUUGAAGCCAUCAUGGGUCGUCAAAAAUGGAAGAAGACAUUCCAGUACGAGGUCAAGUUCGUCCACAUGCUUCCUAAAUAUAACGCCCAGAUCUCCCGUGAGACUCUGCUCGAGCUCGGAUUCCACAAAUUAGUCCAGGAAUUUGAUGAUCACGAAGCUUCUCGCGAGGGUCUCGGAUUCCGAGACCUCUCUCCAAAAGUCAUUUCAAAGCACUUCGAAGACUUAGGUCUAGAUCCCGAAAUCGCCAACCAUAACGAAAUUUCUGGUCUCUCGGGAGGACAGAAAGUCAAGGUUGUAUUGGCAGGUGCUAUGUGGAACAAUCCCCAUCUGCUCGUCCUUGACGAGCCGACCAAUUUCUUGGAUCGAGACUCGCUUGGCGGUCUUGCUGUUGCUAUCCGCGAUUAUAAAGGUGGUGUGGUCAUGAUUUCUCACAACGAAGAAUUCGUUGGUGCCCUCUGUCCUGAGCAAUGGCAUGUUGCCGAUGGUCGUGUUACCCACAAGGGCCAUCUUGCCGUCUCUGCAGAUCGAUUCGAAGAUAGCAGACCCGGGAGUGGAAUAAAUAGCAGUGUUGCUAGCAGUGUUGUGAGCAGUGCAACUGCAAGCGCUGUGAAUAGCGGCGUGGAAGACAAUGCAGAUAUGUCUUUCAGGGCUAGAAAGAAGAAGAAGAUGACCAAGAAGGAGUUGAAGGAGCGGGAAGUUAGGAGAAGACUGAGGCAUAUUGAAUGGCUCAACUCUCCAAAGGGCACUCCCCAUCCGGUAGACACUGAUGACGAGUCUUAA